UUUGACACUAGAUUUUGCAUGAGAACUCUUAUCAUAUUCGCCAGGUGCUGGCAAUUUUUCUAUGUUCAACAAUGACUGUUUGAAUAUAAAUAAAUAAUAUUUUAGAGUGUAGAUUGCAAUUCGUUUCAAUUAAAAUUGUAUUCUAAUAAGAUAGUUUGCAAAUGUUCAAUUUAAAGAAUCCUUUCUAGUUAUUUUUUUUUCUAUUUGAGGACUUUCAAGGCGACAUGGUGCAAAACAACAAAGAAUUCAAUCAUGGAUUUUGGCACAUCAAUUUACAGGAAUUUGUAUGCGGAUGGGGUGCUUCGUUUAUCAACAUCUCCGUUACAUAUCCCGUUUACAAAAUCAUGUUUCGACAGAUGUUGCAUGGGGUUGAAAUAAAGUCCGCAGUUCAAGAGCUUCGUCAUGAAGGUUUUGCAUUUUUAUAUCGUGGUAUUUUGCCACCGCUUGCCCAACGAACGGUUUCAUUGUCUCUGAUGUUCGGAUUAUACGAUGGAACCAAACGACCGCUAGUCAAAUUAGGUGUUAAUGAAUAUGUGGCUAAGUUUGUGGCCGGAAUGACUGCAGGUACGGUUGAAGCAGUUCUGAUGCCAUUUGAACGUAUACAGACUCUUCUCGCCGAUUCGCAUUAUCAUACUCACUUUAAAAAUACAUCAGAAGCAUUUCAUUAUGUGUGCAUGAAUUAUGGUUAUCGUGAAUUGUAUCGAGGCAUAACGCCCAUUCUAUGGCGAAAUGGUCCUUCAAAUGUGCUAUUUUUCAUAAUACGCGAAGAAGCCGCUGUACGACUACCGAAACGAGAAGACCACAUCAGCAGGUCGGUUCAGGAGUUUUUAAGCGGAGCAUUUAUUGGUGCCUCUCUUAGUUCAUUAUUUUACCCAUUAAAUGUGCUUAAAACAAAAAUGCAAGCCACCGUCGGUACGCCGAAUCUAAGUUUAAGCGAUGCUUUUAAAGCGAUAUACACCGAACGAGGAUCAAAAAUAACGCAAGUUUACAAAGGUUGUGGUAUAAAUUGUUCGCGAGCGUUUGUCAGUUGGGGCAUUAUAAACGUAUCGUAUGAAGGAAUCAAACGUUUAUUCUUUUGAAGGAACAAAGCCAAACAUCUGGCGAAUGUGACAUUGAAUGCACAAAAUAAAAGUACGCUUUGCCCGCGAUCCACAACAAAAGAUAAUUAUUAUUUUGUUCGAAGAAAAUACUAGGCUAAUGAGAAGAGUAAUUGAAGGGGGAUUAACCACAUUUCGGUUAAUUGUGUGUGACCCAACCACAUUUUAUGUCUAGAUAUUUUUUUAAACUUACUAUAAUUAUCUUUUUUCUUCUUCUACGAUUCAAUCCAUAAGUUACCAGUUAGUUCAGUUUUUAUAAGAAAUUAAGCUCGCAACAGGAGCUAUAAAAUUCUGUCGAAAGAAUCAAUGUACAAGUCAAUUUUCGAAAUACAAAGUGUUUACAAGUGA